AUGGACCCCUCAACCCUCACCCUCCCCCCCAUGAAAGACCUCACAGUCGAAAACAUCACCGAGAAUGCCAUCCGGAUGAACUCGCUCUGCGAGGACGAGCGCAUGAAAUACGUCCUCGAGCGGCUCGUCACGCAUCUGCAUGAUUUUGCGCGCGAGACGCGCCUCAGCACGGAUGAGUGGAUGAAGGGAUUGCUGUUUUUGACGGAGGUGGGCAAGAUUUGUACUGAUGUUAGACAGGAAUUCAUCCUCCUCUCCGACAUCCUCGGCCUCUCAAUCCUCGUCGACUCAAUCGACCACCCCAAACCCCCCACCGCAACCGAAGGCACCGUCCUCGGCCCCUUCCACACCCACGAAGCCACCGAGCUCCCACCGGGUACAUCCAUAUCCUCGGACCCGCACGGCGAACCCCUCCUGGUCGUCUGCACCGUGAAAGACACCUCGGGGAACCCGCUGCCCAACAUCAAAGUCGACGUCUGGGAGACCGACUCAACGGGGCACUAUGACGUGCAGUACGAGGGCCGCGACGGGCCCGAUGGUCGGUGUCUGGUACGGAGUGAUGAACAGGGCGUGUUCUGGUUCAAGGCGAUUACGCCGGUCCCGUAUCCGAUUCCGCAUGAUGGGCCCGUGGGACGACUGUUGGGGAAGCUGAAGAGACAUCCGUAUCGGCCGAGUCAUAUGCAUUUUUUGUUUGAGGGGAAUGAGGGGGUGGAUGGGUUGGUUACGGCUCUCUACCUCCGCAACGACCCCUACGAGAACUCCGAUGCCGUCUUCGGUGUCAAAGACUCGCUCGUUGUGGACAUCGGGCGCGCGGGACCUGAAUACGCGAAACGGUAUAAUGUCCCAGAGGACCAUGCGCUCUUGACGUAUGACUUUGUGUUGGUGUCUGAGGCUGAGACGAGGGAGUUGCGGGAACGGAAUUCGAAGAUCGCGCUGGAUAAGCUGGGGAGGAAGGUGAGGAUGGUGGGGGGGUUGCCGGUGCCGGAUCUGGAUUGA